AUGGCAGACAACGGAGACGAGGCUAGGGUUUCUACAUCCAACGAUGCUUCUCAAACGAGACAAAGGAGAAAGAGAAAGUGGGACCAGCCAGCGGAGCAGCUAGUUGCAGCUGGAGUUGUGAUUCCUCGAUUAGGCAAUGCUCUCAAUGUUCAAACUCUGCCUCCUCAACCACUUCCUAAACUCAUUCAAGAUGAGUUGGCCAUAGCUAGAGAAAUCGUUAUCAAUGAUGCUGAGGCUUCUCUCAGGCACAAGCUUACUAAACGCUCUACUCAAGAAGAUAUUCAGAGGUCUACUGGUGCUGUGGUGAUUACUAGGUUUGUUCAACAUCUAACGCACAGAGUUUUUAUUUUCUACAAUAAAUCUUUUCUAUAUUGGAUUGAUGAAUUUUCUUCUUGCAGGGGCAAAUAUCGUCCUCCCAAUGCACUUCCUGAUGGUGAAAAGCCAUUAUAUCUUCACAUAUCUGCUGCUGCCCAUUUAAAAGAGACUACAGAGCGAAUUUUAGCAGUUGAUCGUGCAGCAGCUAUGAUUGAGGAGAUGAUGAAACAGAAAACAAACUCACAUGUUGGGUUGGUUGGUUCUCAGACGGUCAAGAUGCUGAACACAUGCGUUUAUUUGGGUUUCGAAGCUGACCCAUCAUCUAAUGUUGCUGCUCGUAUUCGUGGGCCUAAUGAUCAGUAUAUAAAUCACAUUAUGAAUGAAACAGGAGCAACCGUUGUACUAAGAGGGCGUGGUUCUGGGAGCCUUGAGAAUCUACCUAGUGAAGGAGCACAGCAACCAUUGCAUCUAUUAUUGUCUAGCACCAAUCCUAAGAGCAUUGAGGAUGCAAAACGUUUAGCUGAGAAUCUCAUGGAUACAAUCAGUGUAGAAUUCGGGGCUUCAAGGGUUUCCUCAAGCAAGGUGUAUGGUGCUGUACCACCACCACAGCAACUGCUUGCUGGAGCUCCAAAUUCCGGAGAUGCGCAAAAGCCAAAUUUGAGUUCAGCAUAUGGUUUGAUGACAUCGCCACCUAUCAUAUCAACGCCAAAUGCUGUUAAUCCGUUUCCAGUUCCUCCAGCAACAACUCUGUAUCCUCACUUUCCAGUGUUGCAGCCUCCAGGGAUCUCAAAUGGUGGGCACUUGCGACCGAGUCCAGUCAGUUACCUACAACCUGUGGCUGCUGGAACUAGCUACAGUGGGUAUGCCGGAAUAUACCCUCAAGCCACUCCACUUCAACAAGUUGCUCAAGUCCUUCAGCAAUCUGUUUCUCCAGUUAUCUCCACUGUGCCCCCUACUUUGUUGACAGCUGCGUCCUUAUCAAUGCCAAGUGAUAUUUCAAGUAAGGAAAAGGAAAGGCGUCCACCCCAAAAGCGAAAGUUUCAGGAGCUACCUGCUGAUUGUAAAGUCCCGGCAAAAUCCAAAGAGUCAGAGUUAGCAGUGGCAGGUGAAGUUGCUCUAAAGAAUACAGUUGAGGCAACAGCAAAUGAAGUGCGAUCACUGCCUUCGCCACGAUCCAUGAUGCCUCCUCCUCCACCAAAGACCAUCCCACCACGACCUCCUAGGGCUGUGUCUCCUCCAUCAUCGAGAGCCAUGCCUCCUCCACCACCGCGAUUUACACCACCAAAACAACCUCAAGCUCCUAGAUUACAGGACGACCAAAUUACUAUAAAGAAACCAAAUCCAGUUCCAGAUACUUUGAUAAAACUGAUGGAGUAUGGAGAUGAUGAAGACGAAGAUGAUGAGGAGUAA